AUGGAGUAAGUUUUUAUUUUAUUGUUUUGAUUAUUUAGGUAUGAAAAGAUAAAGCUUGCGUAAUAUUUGUUACAAAUCUUGCUAUUUCUGGUAGUGAAAGAUAAUUAUAAUUUCUAUUAGAUUAUGACUUACAAUUACUGUUUUAGGCCUUCCGUGUUGGCCAGCGCCUCAUCGGCGAAAAUGAUGAGACAUGAGAACAAACAGUGGGUGGUACCUUUUGAUCAACAGACUGCCGUUCAGGUGAUACAACAGCAGAAUCAGUUUUUUCUUUUAAUUGUUGGGAUAUCGCCGAACCACAAACCUCAGACUUUGAUGGAGCAGGACAUUCUGACGAUCACCAAGUACGAUGCUGACAUCAACAAGAACUUCUUGGUCUUUCGGAAUGAACAGCGGACAGUAAGUUUGUCGUUUUACAAUUUUUUAGGUAUUUAAAGCACAAAGAGGGUUUAAAUGAGUAUGUUAUUUUAGUAAGGUUAAUGUUUUUUGUUCUUAAAUUGAACUUUCAUGAAGUAUAUUGUUUUAGGUGUACGGUCUGCAGUUUGGUGAUAGAGGAGAAGCUCAACUUAUUGAUAGCGUAAUUGAGAAGAUAAGAGAUUUGGUCAAACCAAAACAAAGACCGGUGUACCAAGAGCCCCAGACAGGGUUUUAUGCUCAAGGUCAAAAUGGCAGUGAUUCCGGCUUUCGAAACGAAGGUGAUGGAGAUAGUCUCGGAUCAAAUGGUGUUAGGUAGGUCAUGCUAUUCAUUAGUAUACGUAACAUCAAGUGUGGCAUAAAGGUCUUAUUUCUUUUUAUAGAAAAGUAUUUUGUAAAGUUUAUGUCAAAUUUCAAAAUGACUUAAUUUCUUACUUGAAGAUGACAUACUUUAUACGAUGUUUUGUCUUUAAUCUACCAUAGUUUAUGCCUUACUUUGUUGUCAUAAAUAACUUGAAAGACAAACAAGUUUGUUUUGAGCGACUGGGAGCUGUGGAUUGUGACAGUAUUAUCGCAUGUUUUAGAUUUGUUUUGUGAGUAAUAACCGAUGUGUGGGCUAUUAUGUUAGGGUUUUCACAGUAAAAAAGCAUUUUGUUAUGAGAUAACAGUUUAUAGACGCGUUUAUGGGCUUGGAGAGGUGUAAAAGUACUAUAAGUUAGUUUUUUGGUCAAAAAGUUAAUAGAAUAAGUUUAAAAAGAUUUCUUAGCACUAAUUAAAUUCAAAUUUGGGUAUCAUAUAGUAAAAAAUAAGUAAUUUUUGCUGUUAGAAACAAUAUUAUGGUUGGAAAUGACGAGUUUAGUUCAAUACCGUCUUUUUCCAAACAGUUUUUGUCUAGAAAGUAUGUCAAUUGUGACCCAAUAAAAGACUGACCUCCGGUCAUUCAUUAAUAAUUUAAUUAGUGUGAGAGAAUUUGUGGGAAAAUACUCGCUUGGCGACAAAAAAUGAAAAUUUGUUGUUCUGAAAUAGCCAUUGGGCAAGAAACGAGGAAAUACGACAAUUACAACAAGAUCUUACUCUGGCACACAGUUUUUGGCAUUAAAAAGAAGCUGUUAUACAAUUAGGGAUUAACAGUUAGAUUAGGUAUUAAAUUUGAGUACAAGUGAGAUUGGUUCAAGAGUAUAUCUAAUAUUAGAUUGUAUACUUGUAAACUAUCACUUUACAUCUAGAUUUUACAGAAUGUAAAAGUACAUUAAAAGCAUUAAGAUUAUGUUAAAAGAUCUUAAGUUUGAUCAAAUCAUUGAAUAAUAUUAAGGUUAGUUUGAAGAUUAAAACUAAACGUAAAGGUUACGGUCGGAACGAUCUCUAUAACAGACGAAACAUAUGGUAAAUGAAGGAUUGUUUUUGGAAGUUUAAGGCGAUGAGUAAUACUUUUACGAACUAUUUUUUGUUAUUUGUUAAACGCUGCGUCAGAAGGAGCGGUGAUUACAUUAUCUACUGCAGAUGAUGAUAGGUCUAUUAGCUUGGGGUUGUAUUAAUAUAGGCAUCUUUAUUAACUCUAUAUUCUUAAGGCUUACUUUGUGGUCAUUUAUUGUUAAGAUUAAAACUUGUCGCAAAAGCGAUUAAAAAACAAUUUAAGCAAAUCAAAAAAAAUAUUUUCUUAAGAACGAGGACAAAGACUAUUGCCAAAUGGUCUUCAUCUCACUUUUUUAACUGUUUUCUAUUUUUGUAAUUGAGAUCAGUCUUCCUAUUGAAAACCUUAUGGGAACGUGUUUGCAACUCUCCUGCUAAAUAAAUAUUUGUUACAGUAAUCUAGAGUAGUCGACAUUAAACUAAAAAGCUUAUAUAAGCACAAAACUUUUGCAAUUUCAAUUUGAUAUUUUUUCGUAUGGUUAUUGAGUAUUAGAGUGUGUUUAAACUAGCUUUUGAUUAUUUUGAGUGUGAAAUGUCAUUUAUUUUUAUCUUUACUGUUAUUAUUCAUUGUUUUACUGUAAAGUUUUUGAAUUUUGGUGAGUUUGAUUGAUUUCAGACACUACAACAAUUAUCAACAACAACCGCAACAGAUUAGCCAGCAUUUAACUCUACAACAACAACGCCGAGCUUCUCAAACGUCUUCUGGCUCUUCCUCAACACUACAACAGAAUAUAUACGCAACGGUAGGCUUACUUUCACUUACCAUGGGUUUGGGGGUUAUGAUAUAUUAUAACUUAUGGUUUUUGGAGAGUUAUACGGUAGGAUUACUGUAAAUACAUCGCUUUGCGUUUAGGAAUUCUUUUUUAUCUUAUAGUAGGUUUUACUCUAACGAAGUAGAGCCAUCGAAGGUUCGUCAUGUGUUUCAAUUCAUUAUACGGUAUCUUGAAUAGUUUAGCUACUGUUCACAACCUUUCAACUAUCUAAUGGGUAAUAUUUUGAAACGUUGAGGGUGGUAUUACUCUAAAAAAUAACUAGCCAGCUACAUGUCUAUGAAUAAUUUAUGGAUAUAAUAGGCUAAUAUUAAAGCCUGAGUGGAUUUCCCUCAAAUUUUGAGCUUUUGCUAACCUUUCUAUUAUAAUAUCCAGUGAGGAAUGAGUGGUCGGUUAUACAGAGUAGGAGUUGUAAAGGACAGUUAAGGGAUUUUUGAGGGAUUGCUGUUUUAGGGUACUGUAAAAAGUGGUUUUUUUGGGUUUUUUGUUGUUUUUCGAGCUUUUCAGUGGCUUUAUGAAACAAAAACACAUUUUAUGCAAAACAACAUUACGUUUCGUAAUGUUUAUGCAGGAUUUAGAAGCGUAGGGAUGUUCUAUCUGGCCGAACAACGUGCCGUGAGAUGUUAAAGCAGAAUGGGAUAAGUUAAUCGUCUAAUUAGGUUUGGGCAGCGAGAGAGUUGAGAGACGUUUUUGAAGCCGUUAAGCCGUUUAAAACUCUUUAUUCCAAAAAUACUGGGAAGCGGAUUGGCGUGGACCUGAGCCCUUUUAAAUUUUAAAUUCCCUUUACGACAAUGUUUUCGUAUUGUUGUGGCUCACUCCCAUUACCUUUCAGCCAAGGUCAAGGUGGGAUAAUGUCUGAAAUUGGCGGAAAACAAGAGUUUCUCAGCUGUUUUUGGCUACAGUACCCCGUUUGUUUUUGUAAAGUAAAAGUAAUCAGUUUGUAUCUAUAAAAGGUUGUCACUUGGCGAGAAAAUUGAACUUUUACGUUACUGUAGAUUCUUGUUAUUGUAGCUUUUUCUAUAGACAUGGCUUUUUGGAUUAAUCUACCGAGGUGUUGUUGUACUACGGUAAAAUGGCCAGAGGUAAGACGUUGCUUACUAUUAUAUCGUUCUUUGGAGCUUAGUACUUUUGAAAUCAAAUUUGGUUUUUUACAUUGUAUUUAUAUUGAGAACGUUAUUGGUAGUUUAAACAUAUUCUGGUCGGUCCUUUUCGUCUUAUAGUUCACGUCUUGUAGUAGUUUAUCCUAAUUUAAUUUGAUGAGAGUAAAUCCAAGUGAGGAGAAAACAACUCAUAGCUAGCGGUGAUUGUUGUUUAGUGGUCCGUAGUGUAAAUUGGAAGGAAUGAAGAAGAUGAUCAUAUUUUCAUAUGGAUCCUCGCUUCUGUUCUUCGGGUUUCUUGUGACUUUUUACUCCGUUUUACUGAGCGAUAUUAUUAUUCUAAAGACGGAUGAUCCGAGCUCCCAUCUCACCCAACAGCCAAAUGUUUUGGACCGUCAACUUUGUUAGUGAAAACCAGCAGUUGGUUAAGGUAAAAGGGCAAGUUUAAGUGUAAUCAGAGCCAUCAUAUUAAUUUUUUAAAUAUUAAAGUCUGUCUUGAGGUAAUAGUAAUAUGAAGGGAAAGUGUAAAGGCUUAACCAACAUUAAUGUUUAAACAUUCAUUUUCAGGCCCAGCUGAACGGCUUUAACAACUCGCCCCAGCAGCCUAGCCAAAUGACCAUCGGUCAACUCCAAACACCUCCAAAUGGUCACCAUCCCUUCAACAGCUCGAAUGGUUCUAUGAAUCAUGUGCAAAAUGGCAUGAACGGACACACGAAUGGACAUUCGAAUGGUCAUCAACAACAACUGCGACAAGCCGUAGCCCCACCCCAACCUCCACCUGCCCCAGCGAUGCCCCAAGGCAUGAUGAAUAACCUAAUGAACAAUGGACUUCCUCAGAAUGGCAUAAAUAAUGGUCAUAACACGAGUAAUGGCCAGAAUCUGAACCAUUUGAAUCCGGCUCCAGUUUCGACGUCGGCCCCACCUCCACCCCCGCCUCCUCCUCCACCAGCUCAAGCCAAGGUUCAAGUAUCAUCCUCAGCCCCACCACCACCUCCCCCACCACCCCCUGGUCUAUUGAAAGGAGCAGCCACUCCAGCGACAAAACCCAAAACCAUGGCCGACGCUAUCAAAGCGGCCAGUGAAGCCAAAGCUGCCAACAAUGCCAAUGGAGUUCAGAUGAAGGCUCCAGAAAAGGCCCCAGUUCCAGCACAAUGCGGUACUGGUGCUCUGAUGGAUGAGCUUCAGCAGAAGAUCAGGAGGAUGCAGAACAACGCUGAAGUCGGUUCUGUAGGUUCAACAGCUUCCACUUCUUCAACAUUGUCGUCAGCUUCAUCAGAAAGUCGCGAGAAUCCACCAAAGCCGUGGCAGAAGACGUCGAACGCUUCUUUGAAUUCAAAUUCUACACAGAACGGUGGCACGUUGACGCUGCAUCCAACAAAUAAUGGCACAGAUUCGCCCAUAAUCAGAAGAAAGUAAGUCGAACUGGUUCUUCUUAUGUUAAUAUUUAUUAUAAAACGGUAUCACUACUCAUUAUAGUUUUGUGUGUCAUAUACUUAUUGUAAUUUAUACUUCUUUCAGGACGACGGUGACGAACGGCUCAUCAGAAGAACGUUACCUUACGUUGGCGGACCUGGAGCGCUUCAAACAGGACAUCCUGACAGAGUUCCAACAGAUCGUGGACAAACGGACCAACGACAUGAUCGAGAUGAUACGACAAGAGCUGCAGAAGCGUUGA